GUGCCGGUCGGCAGACUCAGACCUUUGCCGUAGACGAACGCUUUUUCAAAAACGACUGAAGUUUUGUGUGCGCGCGCAAUUUUUAUUUUUGUUGUCGUUUUUUUGAUUCUUUAUUCAUUUCGUGCCGGCCCUGCACUGCAUGUGUCCGUGUGUGUGAAGCUUGUGUUCUGCAGUGCCGUCUUUUAGUGUGCUUGUGUGCGUGUGUGUCUGUGUCUGCUGCAACGCAGACAACAAAAGAAAUUUGCCGGUCCACCUUCGUUGCUUCCUUGCCCUUGCCCAAUGCCGUUAUUCGCACUGCCAAAAUAACAAAUCGAAUUUUUUCACAUAUGUAGAUAGUUGAAAAUUUUACAACUCAACUUUCAAUUUAUUUGUAUUCAAAGUGGACCAAAAUUCAACAGAAUGGCCUUAAUAAGACUGGCAAGACAACUUGGUCUGAUUGACACCUUGUACGUGGACGGCGCUGGACCAGAUCCUGCCAACGAAUUGGACGACAUUAGCAUCAACGGUGCCACCGAAGCAACAGCCACAGCCGCCACAGUUCCCCUCAAGACAAAGAAAUCGCGCAAAUCAAAGCAGCUGGCCAUGCAACCCUACAGCUAUGUGAUUGCCGUUGACUUUGAGGCCACGUGCUGGGAGAAACAGGCGCCGCCCCAAUGGCGAGAAGCAGAGAUUAUAGAGUUUCCAGCCGUGCUGGUUAAUCUGAAGACGGGCAAGAUCGAGGCCGAGUUCCACAAGUAUGUGAUGCCAAUUGAGUCGCCACGACUGAGCACCUACUGCACAGAAUUGACGGGCAUAGAGCAAAAGACUGUAGACACCGGAGUGCCAUUGCAAACGGCCCUGAUGAUGUUCCACGAAUGGCUGCGCAAGGAGUUGCGCUCACGGAAUCUUCUGCUGCCCAAGACGAACAAGUCAAAUAUACUGGGUAACUGUGCGUUUGUCACAUGGACAGACUGGGACUUUGGUAUCUGCCUGCACAAGGAGUGCACCCGCAAACGCAUGCGAAAGGCGCCAUAUUUCAAUCAAUGGAUCGAUGUGCGAGCCGUUUACCGCGAGUGGUACAAGUAUCGACCCUGCAACUUCAGCGAUGCCCUUUCCCAUGUGGGAUUAGCCUUCGAAGGACGCGCACAUUCAGGCAUUGAUGAUGCCAAGAAUCUGGGCGCACUUAUGUGCAAGAUGGUGAGAGACGGAGCGCUCUUCUCCAUCACCAAGGAUCUGACGCCAUAUCAGCAGCUCAAUCCCAAUUGUGUAUUGUGAGAGAGAAAGAGAGAGGAGAACUCUUUCCAAAAUAACAUAAUGAAAACAAAACAAAUGCACUUAGUUACUGACUUUUAAUAAAUAAUUAACAGACAGUCGGACAGUUCUUAAAUAUGAGGAGAACAGCCUGACAAAACACUUUUUGUAUGGGAAAUUAAAUGAUGAUUUUGAUUUUGAUUUUCAUUUGUUUUCUAUAACCGCAAUUGAUAAGACUUGAAAAUUGACGAAUUCUUUAAUUACCGCAAUGCAACACAAGGCGGCAUAAAUAUACACAUGCAACAUAAACAUAUAACAAACAAUGGAGAAUACACAUACUUACAUAUAAGAUAUGGCCUUAGAGCAUAUUUUUCUACCAUUCAUACUUGAUAAUUCAUAGUUAUACUAAAUAUUUAGUCUAUACCAAGUACUACGUACAUAUUGUACCAUAUGGGGAAUAUCAUACUUAUGUUAAUGACUUACACAGCCUACCAUUUAAGUUUAAGAGCAUUACUAAUAAAACGACAAUAGACAUACUACUUAUCCGAAAAUAAU